GAGGGUUAAAAAGAAGCACACCUGUUUCUGCUUGGCAAUCAGUCGGUGUAUAAAUUUUGGACGCUCAUCUUCAUUGUCAUCUGGGGCCUCUCACACAAAGAUGGCAGCACAACGAAAGCAGCGCCUCACUCUGACUUCUGUCAUGAUGGCUGCAGUUCUGUUCCUCUCAGCCUUGGGACAGCGGGACAGCCUCCUGUGUUACUUCUGCCCGUUGCAGCCUAAAGAGGCCCCGUGUCCCAACAUCACCACGGAGUGCCCGCCAGGCCAGCGCUGCACUACCUCCAGGGGCUACUACGGCGUGGUCCACGUGCUGUCCGCCCAGGGCUGCUUGGACGCCCAGCUGUGCGGCACCAGCCAGGUGGUCUCCCACAUGGGGGUGGAGUUCCUGGCGAGGCACAGUUGCUGCUGUAAGGACAAAUGCAAUGUGGCGCCCACGUCCAAAGCCAUACUGAAGCUGCUGCUGGGCAUGAUCAUGGAGAAGGCGUAUGCCAACGCCACUCGUGCUCUGAGGGAGCAGCUUCGGGGUUCUUGUGGAGAUGAUCCCAGUAGCCCGGCGCCAUCGGCCUCUGUGCCAUAGUGUUUACAGUGUACAUGAUUAAAGGAGAGGCCUGAUAGCCACGGGUGCUCGCCUGCUGCAUGUCUCAUCACUGUCAUCAUGCAUUUGUUUUUAGCAAGAAUCCCAAUCAUGAUGUUUUGUUGUGUAUUGCUCCAGAGAGAAAAAAGGUGGAUUUGCCAACCCUCCUCCUGGAUUCUACAUUUAAUAAAAGCAGUUAAAGAAAC